GCAGACGGUCUGCGAACAUGAGCUAAACCUUUAACAUGGGCAUCAACAUGUGAGAAGCUCGACGUUAGGCUAGAUAGGUCGUCGUUUCUGGUUAAUUUUAACUUGACAAGGACCAGCAGUGAGACGUCGGAGGUUCAUAGUCACACGCGCAAACUCGCUUUGCCCAAAUUCCCUGGUUUCAUUCUUUGCCCUUUAAAGAUGCGCUACGAACUGAGAGGAAGGAUGGCGAUGACUCUGAGGAAGACGGUUAAUCUCAUCACAGGACUGCUCAUUGUUUUCCAGUUUCAACUAAGUUUCAUGAAGCUGAAAUCCGCUCAUGGAAUCUACAGAACUGACACACAGGAGCUGUCUCCUCCAGAGAGAAGGUCGUAUCUAGUCGCAGGGAACCACAAACCCAGGGUGAGGAGGUGGGCAUCCAGGUCUAGGUCUGGGGACCCUAGCAAGGCUGAAGAUAAGAGGGGCCACUACAGAGAGCAGCACCAACCAGAAGAGUCACGUUCAGACCUGCUGAUGGAGGAGGGACAUGACAAUUCCUUACAGAUUGUGGAUAUUGAUCACGCCUACUAUAAAUCUAAAAUCUACGGUCCUGGAGACAGUCAAGAGCUGUGGGUGAACGUCGAUGAGAUGGAAGAGGACAAGUGGAAGGUCUCUGGCUUCCUGUCCAGCACCCACAGACAAGCUGAGAGAGUGAAUCUUUCCUUCAACUUCCCUUUCUACGGUCAUAUACUAAAAGAAAUCACCGUGGCAACUGGAGGUUUCAUUUACACUGGAGAUUUACUCCACCGAAUGCUCACAGCUACUCAGUACAUCGCCCCUCUAAUGGCGAAUUUUGACCCAAGCCUGUCCAAAAACUCAACUGUGAUCUACUUUGAUAAUGGCACUGCACUGGUGGUUCAAUGGAACCGGAUUCACCUCCAGGACAACAUCAGUCUGGGAACGUUCACCUUUCAGGCCGUUCUGCACAACGACGGACGAAUCGUCUUUGCAUACAAACGGAUUCCCAUAAACAUCAACAACAUCAGCACUGAGAACCAUCCUGUCAAAGUUGGCCUGUCGGAUGCUUUUGUGGUGCUUCAUGAGAUAGAACAGAUCCCCGAUGUUCGUCGGAGAACCAUUUAUGAGUACCACAAAGUCGACAUCCUCAAAUCCAAAAUCUCCAAUUCUACAGCUGUGGAGAUGAUACCUCUCCCUACAUGUCUCCAGUUCUCCAGCUGCGGUCCAUGUGUCACUUCUCAGAUUGGCUUUAACUGCAGCUGGUGCAGUCGGCUACAAAGAUGCUCCAGUGGCUUUGAUCGUAACCGGCAAGACUGGGUUGACCAUGGCUGUCCGGAGGAGAGAAGAGAUCCCCGGUGUCUUCGAAUGACAGACGUCACAAACACAACAUCUCGCCUCCUCCCACAUAUGACCACUCCUGUUACAACGAUCACGAUGCAGCAGAGGAGCUCCAGCAUGACCUCCACCCCCCUCAGCGAGACGUCCGCUGUCGCCAACCUCUCAACGCGCAGCAGCACAAGCAGAAUUAUUUCCACUCCACCGCCUCCUACCAGCAAACCUGCAGAAGAUGACACAAGGUCUUUGCACAUCAAUGAAGCGAGAGACGACGAGACCACAGGAGAGAGUGAUGAGCGACUGCAGAUUGGUUUACUGGCAGGCAUCGUCAUGGUGGUGGUCAUCAUGGCAGCAGCCGUCCUUAUGUCUGUCUACAUGUACAACCACCCCACCUCCAACGCAAGCCUCUUCUUCAUGGAGCGACGACCGACCCGCUGGCCAAUCAUGAAGUUCAGCCGGGGUUCCGGUCGCCCUUCUUACGCUGAGGUGGAGGCUCCUGGUCAGGACAAAGACAGCAUGGUGGUCAUCGACCCCAAACAGUCUUUUGCCAUGUCGGACAGAAGAGAGAGUGACCAGAAAGAAGGAUUCAUAGUUUCCGAUCAGAGGGAGCGCUUCCUGGUCUCAGAGAGCUCCUGACCUAAACUAUGUAUCCCAGAUAGCUUUGGGACAGAGCUGGUUCUCUGAGAGGAAGUGUUGCUUCCUUGAAUGCUUUCUUUUAGCUGUUGCUCAAAGUUCAUUUUAAGGACAGAGUUUGAGCAUUCAGAGGAAAAUACCAAACCUCUAUGAGGACACUGUAACAGUCUGGCUUUAUGUUGGUGUUCGCUUGGUGAGCCACAGGACUGUUUUUACGGCAUAACGAAAACUUGUUUUUAAACUUUGCUCAGGUCACUCGUUCGUGUUUACUGUAGCGUCACAGAGCAAGAGGUGACGCUGCUGGAUGUUUGUUUUGAGACAGUUUUUCAAGAGCUGUUAUGUCGUUCCCACUCCUUCACAAGGAGGAAUGUCAUAUUUGGGUGUUAUUUCCUGAUCUCAAAAAUACGGACUAAAUUCCUCACCAUUACACCCACCUUCAUCCUGAGGGGCAAACAGGGUGCACAGUGUUUUCACUGCUAUUUUCUCAGUAUAAGUGUUUUUUUUUUUUUUACAUUGAAGCAAUGUCUGCAAUUUUUUGAAUUUUGACUUUAUUGUCAAUUUUAUAAUAAAGACAGAAAACAUGUACACUACAACAUUGUAAACAUCUACAAACAUGGAAAAAUACGAUACAGUCUCUCAACAUUUUUCUAACAUGCUAUAAUUGUUCCCAUUGUGUAAUCUGUGCAUUUAUGAUAUAAUGGUAAAAACAGUGCAGAUUUUACUCUGUACUUCUGAUCAUUUUAGUGUCUUUUCAGUCAUGAUAUGUCUUUAAUCAUCAGUAAGUUAAAUGAACGACUUCUGAUGUUAAAAUUUAGUUUAUAAAUAGUAUUACAAUUAAAAGAUUAGAUUUAUUUGUACACAUUAAUGUAAUUUCACCAGUUACCACUUUUUGGAAAUCUAAAAAAGUCUUAAAACAUGUUUAGUGAGCUGAGGGUUUACCUGCUCCUGGUCUUUACCAGAUUGAUCAACGCUGAUACAUUUUCAAAACUGUUUGGUCAUUAAUCUGAAAGUAAAGUAGUUCUAUCUACGCUACAUUUUGAUAAGAUGACACAAGAAUCAACAGUUUCCUGUACUGUCAAUGAAGUACAGCACAACUACACCAAAUGAACAUACAGUUUUAAUAGUGUUGAGUGUUAUUUGAGGCAUGUUAAGUUUAAAAUUAACUUAAGGCAAAUGGUAUCUGAAUGGAUCAUUUAAGACUGGCCUGUAGGCUGCAGGGGUCAAGGCACUGCUGUGUUGGAGGUACUGCAAAGGUCCUGGGUCGAUGAUUUAAGUUUCCUUGUCUUCUGAGAAAGAAUAAAUCAAAAUGGAGAAAAUAAAAUUAUGCAACUGUAAAUCUAAACAAUUUGCACAUUCUUGACAAAUACCCCAUAAUAUUUGGUUUGGCUCUCUAAAGAGUACCAAGU